AUGGCUCAACCGGUCGGUUCUGCGCGAUCGGCAGUCCUGGACUUCAGCCCGACCACGACGAAGAAAGAGGGCAACGACAAGGAAAACGACAUCCCCGUUUUGCGUCUGAUACAGUUCUCCAAGGUUCCCUUCGUUGGAUUCGGCUCUGUUAAACUGGGCACUUCCAGGUGCGCGGUACUGCGCGUCGAGAACCCGGUGGAGGACGUUGCGGCACAAGUUGCGAUUGACCGGAUUCCCUCAUCCAAAGGCUUCUCGGUGGACCGCGCUCAGUUCACCGUGCAGUCUGAAGACUUCUUCAGUCUGACGAUAACCUGGACCCCUACAGAGGAAGGUGGAAUCAGAGAGCUUAUUACUUUCAUUGCUAAUGGAGUCCUCAAAACCCAAGCUAUUCUGCUUGGGAGAGCAGAGGCACCAAAAAAGAAAAAGAAAAGCUUAUGGGACUCCAUCAAGAACAAGAAAGUGGGAAACCAGUCAGCCACACCCAGGGUCACAAAAACUGAACCCUCCUUAAAGCUUACAGCCAAUAAGACCUUUCGAGUGUCCCGAAAGCCACAGUACAAACUACAGAAUCCUCGGAGCCCUCUUAUGUCGCUCAAUGUGAGGGCACCUAUUAGAGAGGGGUCCCCAUCAAAGCACAUUCCAGUUGAAGGCAGCCCUGAACAACUGGAGCAGAAGGUCUGUGAACCCCUUCAGAGGCAAAGAUCUCUGGCGUUGCCAAAUCAGGUCUGUGUUGAGAGUGUUCACAAUGUUCGCAAGAGCUCUCCUAUUGUUUUGCUUGUCCCAGCUGCUGACUUUAUGGACCCCGCCCACACAUCGGCCAGCUCUCGCUGCCUCGGUACGCCUGAAUCUGCAGUGCUCACCAGAGGGCUAAGCGUGUUUAAAAGCCUCAAGCCUUCCACCCAGUCUAUUGAAAGCCCAGCUCCUGACACUGGUCAUGCAAAAGUUGAUGACGGCGACAACAUGCCACCUGGACCUCCAGUUCUGUCUGUAAGAGAUGCACUGGCCCUAAUCGAGUCCGAUCUGGCACAUGUCAGCAUCAGCCCUUCGACGAAAUGCUCUAGUUGCGACAGUGAAAACAUGCCACCUGGAUCUACAGUUCUAUCUGUGAGAGAUGCACUGGCCCAAAUUGAGUCAGAUCUGGCCCAUGUCAGCGUCAACCCUUUGAAGGAAUGCUCUAGUUGUGACUUCUCAGAUUCACUUGAAUCUGUGAGCGGAGGUCAUGGCUAUGCACCUGAUAAAACAGUCUUGAAAACAAUUCCUAUUAGCCCUGCUCAGUCAGCAGAGUCCGGGGAGCAAAGAUUGACUUUCUUUGUCCCCCAAACAACUGUCAAAAACAAAAUUGUUCUUCCUGAGGUUGAUAAUGCGGCUCUAAGAGUGAAAAAGGCUCCUUUUAUGUCCGCCACAGUCACAAAGACCAAAGCGCCAGCUGCAACCGCACCUGAUGAAGUGAAGAUCCCCAGCGGGAGGAAGCUAAAGAAGUCAAGGAGAAGGCUCAUGGAGAAAACACUCGAGUUGUCUGAUGGUAAUAGCCAGUGUGAGUCUGGGCCAGGUACCCCAGGCCUCCCAGUUAUAGAUUCUUACCCGGGAAAUGAUGGAUGGCAAACUGCUACAGGAACCAGCUCUGCAAACAACAGUAGGCAGCAAGGCGACUUGUCAGCCUUCAUGAACGUGACUCCAGAGCUUGACGGCUCUCCUAUCCAUGUCACCUCUCCUCCAUCCAUGGCUCCUUCUCUUGCUACUUCCCCAAUCUCUCCUGUCCCUGCUCCUGGUGCUUUCACUGCCAACCCUCCGCCGCGUGUGGUCACAUCCUCUCCUCUCCAGCACAGACCCCCAUCGUUGGUUGAUGUGUGCGAGUCGCCUGUCGCAGCUGCGCCACCCAAGCCUGCAUCAGCGCCUCUGUUGGUUCAGGUGGACUUGACGUUCCCCAUUCACAGCCAGACUGAAUUUGACAUGAAGGUGAGGAAUAAGAAGAGGAAGAGUGAGGGUGAGGCGUAUUUAAUGAACGAGGAGAACGCCGAUGCAACCGAGAAAGCGGAGAGGGUUAAAAGGAGCAGAGUGGCGGUGAUGAGGGGGCCCGAAAGACCAGCGUCGGAGAAGAGCGUUGUAUCACAAAGGCAACAGCCAAGGAAAUCGGGCACAAUAUGCUCUACCUCUGCAUCAUCCAUCAAGACCAAAAAGUCCGUUGGUCCUGCUCGAGCCAAGCAGAUGAGCUUUAAACCCACCCCACAAGGUAUGAUAUGAAUGAAGACAGCCAAAGUGGUUGCAGUGGCCCAGUCAAAGCUGACCUUUAUUAAGCCUGCUCAAACAGCCAUACCGAGACACCCAAUGCCAUUUGCGGCCAAGAACAUGUUUUACGACGAACGGUGGAUUGAGAAGCAAGAGAGAGGAUUCACUUGGUGGAUCAACAACUUCCUCACUCCAGAUGACUUUAAGGUCAACAACGAAGUCACGAAAGUCAAUGCUUUGUCCAUUGCCACGGGCAACUACGACAAGUUCAAUAUGCCCAAAGCGCCUACGAAGGAAGAGGUGUCUUUCCGCACCUACACCGCCCAACGGAGGCUGAACCGCCUCCGCCGCUCUGCCUGUCAGCUAUUUACGUCCGAGUCCAUGGUCAAGGCCAUCCAGAGGCUUGAACUCGAGGUGGAGGCCAGGAGGCUGCUGGUUCGAAAAGACCGUCAUAUUUGGAAGGACAUAGGUGAACGGCAAAAAGUACUAAACUGGCUCCUCUCGUACAAUCCCCUGUGGUUACGCAUUGGACUAGAGACUAUCUACGGGGAGUUGAUCUCACUGGAGAGCAACAGUGACGUGCUGGGUCUGGCCAUGUUCAUCCUCAGACGCAUGCUGUGGAACCCGGACAUCGCUGCUGAGUUCAGACAUGCCAAAGUGCCACAUCUUUACAAAGACGGCCACGAAGAGGCGCUGUCUUGCUUCACUCUUAAAAAGCUCCUUCUGUUGAUGUGUUUCCUGGAUAAAGCCAAAGAGUCGCGGCUGAUUGAGCACGACCCUUGCCUGUUCUGUAUGGACGCAGAGUUCAAGUCGAGCAAAGAUCUCCUGCUGGCGUUCUCCAGAGACUUCCUCAGCGGUGAGGGCAUCCUUCCGCGACACCUCGGCUACCUGGGUUUACCCGUCUCCCACGUUCAGACACCCCUGGAUGAGUUCGACUUUGCUGUGAAGAAUUUGGCGGUUGACUUGAGAUGUGGUAUCCGUCUAGUGCGUGUGAUGGAGCUCUUCAUCCAGGACUGGAGCCUCUCACAGAAGUUGCGUCUGCCCACCGUCAGCCGCCUGCAGAAGAUCCAUAAUGUUGACCUCGCUAUUCAAGUGCUCAAAGCCAAAGGCGUUGACCUCAAGAAUGAGCAUGGCUCUACCAUUGAAUCCAGAGAUAUAGUGGAUGGACACAGAGAAAAGACUCUGAGCUUGCUGUGGAAAAUCAUCUUCGCUUUUCAGGUGGAAGUGAUUUUGGAUGAGGAGCAGCUGAGGGAGGAGAUCGCUUACCUGAGGAGAACCCUGUGGACCAAACGGAAGCUGGUGUCUUUGAGGAAAGAUAAUCUUCCGCAGAGAAUCGCCAAGACCAGGGUGCAAUAUGAACACAGCAGCACUAAGAUCAGCCUACUAAUGGAAUGGGUCAAUGCUGUCUGUGACUUCUACAACUUGCAGGCAGAGAACUUCACAGUGUCUUUCUCAGAUGGCCGCAUCCUCUGCUACCUGAUCCACCACUACCACCCCGGCCACCUGCCGAAGGAGGCCGUCAGUCACUGCACCACUCAGACAGUGGAGUGCUCCCACAGAGGCCGGCUUGAACUGGACUGCUUUACCAGCGACUCGGACAACUCUUUUGACUCCUGGCCUAAUGGUCACAGUGGUCCAGAGCUUCCGUCAGUGGAAUUCAAACAGCUUCUGGAGAACGAGAAGAACAACUUCAGACUGGUAAAUGAUGCCGUAGCUUACCUGGGUGGAGUGCCUGCCAUGAUCCAUGUAGCCGACAUGUCCAAUACCAUCCCCAAUGAGAAGGUGGUGAUGUCCUACCUGUCAUUCCUCUGUGCCCGUUUGCUGGACUUGAGGAAUGAGACCAGAGCAGCAAGGGUCAUCCAAGGUGCCUGGAGGAAGUACAGGCUGAGGAAAGAUCUAGAACUCUAUCAGGAAAGAACUUUGGCUGCAGCAAAGAUCCAGAUGUAUGUAAGGAACUUUCUCCAGAGGCGUAGAGCUAAGAGGCAGAACUUGGCGGCCAUUAUUAUCCAGGCAUGCUGGAGAGGUUACCAAACCCGCAAGGAAUUGAGGAUUAGGAAAGAGGCUCAACUCUGGGCUCUAAGACAUAAUGCAGCAACUGCCAUCCAGGCUCACUGGAGGAUGUAUUCAGCCAUGAGGUCCUACCAACGCCUGAGAUACAAUGCCAUUGUUGUCCAAGCACUGUGGAGAAUGAAGAAGGCAGCCUCUACCUAUGGAAAAAUCCACUGGGCUGUGAGAGUAAUCCAGGAAUAUACACGAGCUUGGUCUUUAGCUAAAAGGGAGAGGGAACGGUACCUGUCACUGAGAGCUGCGGUGGUUAAACUUCAGAGAGGCUACCACAGAUGGAAGACUCAGAAGCUAGAGAGGAGCAACCGUGCUGCCAGAGUGAUACAAGCUGCAUUCCGGAAAUGGCAGCAGACAAAAACGAUGAAAAAAAAUGCCGCUGCCAUGAAGAUCCAGUCUUGGUACCGAAUGCAUAGGUGUCUCCAUCGCUAUUCAAAGGUUAAGAGAAGUAUUGUUCUCAUCCAGGCUCUUUCCAGAGGUUACAUAGAGAGGCGCCGCUUCCAGAUGAUGAGGCUUCAACAUAACUCUGCCACUGUCAUCCAGAGUGUCUUUCGAGGUUACAUUGUCAGGAAAUGGCUAGAGAAAAUGAGACAUGCAUCAGUUAUAAUCCAAUGCUGGUACAGGGCCUCUGUAAAAAGAGAUGUGGAAAGGCGGGAGUUUGUGAAAAUGAGGUCUGCUGCCAUCACCAUACAGGCAGCAUAUCGUGGACAUGUGGCAAGAGGGUUACUGAAAGAGCAGCACCAGGCAGCAACAGUAAUCCAGGCAGCUUUCAGGAGGUUUUCUGCCAAAAGUCACUACAUGACCUUGAAAAAAGCUGCGGCAGCCAUUCAGCAGCAUUACAGAGCCAUGGUUUUGGCUCAAAGGCUAAAAAAGGAAUUUGAUACACUCAAGUAUUCUGUACUCAUUGUACAAGCAGUCUGGAGAGGCAGGGCUGAGAGGAAGAGGAUUGAGAAACUGCACCAAUGCGCCACACUCAUCCAAGCCCGCUAUCGUCAGCACAAAGCACAAGCACAAUAUAGGUCGAGAAAGGCAGCAGCUGAAGUGAUACAGCGUCAUUUCAGAGCUUACAUUGCUGGAAAGGUGAUGAGGGUGGAGUACCUCCAGUUGAAGGUAGCUGUGGUCACUCUUCAAGCUGGGUUCCGUGGAAUGAGAGUUCGGACCGAUCUAAAGAAAAAGCACCAGGCAGCCACUGUCAUUCAAUCUGCAGUGAGGAUGUUCCUACACAGAAAACAUUACCUUCACAUCCAGAGCGCUGUGAUUAUCAUCCAAAACCGGUACAGGGCUCUUCUGAAGAGCAGGGACCACCAAUGUCAGUACAGACACUUAAAGCAGGCAGCCACAAAGGUACAAGCUGCCUACCGAGGAAUUAGAGUCCGGAAAGACCUGAAAAGGAAGCACAAGGCUGCCACAGUAAUCCAAGCUCAGUUCAGAAUGCACAAAAUACGUGUGGUUUACCUCGCCACCAAGUGUGCUGCGAUUAUCGUGCAAGAGCGCUACCGAGCCAAAAGGCUUGGAGAUCAACUGGUGCUGAAGUACAGAGCAUUGAAGAGUGCGGCUUUAGUUAUUCAGGCUGCAUACCGAGGUCACAAAGCAAGAGUUAGGGUUGCAGAGAUGCAUAAGGCUGCUAUACUACUUCAGAGAUGGUUUCUUACUAUUCAGGAAAGAAAGCGCUUCUUGGCCAUCAAGGAUGCAGCUUUACUGUGUCAGCGAAGGUACCGAGCAGCAACCUUGGCAAGAAAAGAGAGGCUGAACUACCUGUUGAAGCACAGGGCAGCCAUUUCUCUCCAAGCAGCCUACAGAGGGAUGAGGAUCAGGAAGCAGUUGGGUGUUGAGCGCACAGCAGCCAUAAGGAUUCAGUCUAAUGUCCGAAUGUAUCUGCAGAAGAAGUACUACAAGCAGCUUUGCUGGGCUGCCAACAUAGUGCAAGCAAAAUUCAGAGCUAACAAGGAAAUGAGAGAGGAGAUGCAAGCACUGGCUGCCAAGAGAAACGCUGCCAUGGUCUUACAAGCCUCUUUCCGUGGAAUGAAAUUAAGACAGAGCAUCAGACAAAGUCACCAGGCUGCCAGUUCCAUCCAGAGAGCCUACAGAGCCCACCGAGAACGCAAAAAGUAUCUCGCCUUAAAAUCUUCUGCUCUCACUAUUCAGAAACAUUAUCGAGCUGCCAUAGCAGCUACACAACAAAUGCGACAGUACCAAAGGAUGCGCAGGGCUGCCAUCAUUCUCCAGGCAGUGUACAGAGGCUGGCAGGUCAGAAAGAAGGUUGUUCAGCAGCAUGAAGCUGCAAUAAAGAUCCAGUCUGAAUUCAGGAAACACAGAGAGCAAGUCAAAUUCCAGGCCAUGCGCAUGUCUGCCAUCAUCAUCCAGAGAUAUUACAGGGCCUGUGUUCUUCGCAGACAAGGGAGAGAUCACUUCUUAAAGAUGAGACAUUCUGCCAUUGCCCUUCAAGCUGCCUUUAGAGGUCAUUAUGUUCGGAAAAACCUUGCAAGGAUGCACAGGGCAGCAACUGUCAUUCAAGCAAAUUUCAAGAGGCAUAAACAGCAGACUGCCUUUAGGAGGCAACGCUGGGCAGCCAUUGUUGUGCAGCAGAGGUUUAGAGCUCAGAGACAGAAAAGCUUUGAGAGGAAAAAUUACCAAAAGCUCAGAAAAGCAGUCAUCACUCUACAGGCUGCAUAUCGUGGAAUGAAACUGCGACAGACUAUCGGACAAAGUCACCAGGCUGCCAGUUGCAUCCAGAGAGCCUACAGAGCCCACCGAGAACGCAAAAAGUAUCUCGCCUUAAAAUCUUCUGUUAUCACCAUUCAGCGGCAUUAUCGAUCCGCCUUAGCAACUUCCCAGCAAAUGCGACAAUAUCAAAAGAUGCGCAGGGCCGCCAUCAUUCUCCAGGCAGUGUACAGAGGCUGGCAGGUCAGAAAGAAGGUUGUUCAGCAGCAUGAAGCUGCAAUAAUGAUCCAGUCUGAAUUCAGGAAACACAGAGAGCAAGUCAAAUUCCAGGCCAUGCGCAUGUCUGCCAUCAUCAUCCAGAGAUAUUACAGGGCCUGUGUUCUUCGCAGACAAGGGAGAGAUCACUUCCUAAAAAUAAAACAAUCUGCCGUUACCCUUCAAGCUGCCUUUAGAGGUCAUUAUGUUCGGAAAAACCUUGCAAGGAUGCACAGGGCAGCAACUGUCAUUCAAGGAAAUUUCAAGAGGCAUAAACAGCAGACUGCCUUUAGGAGGCAACGCUGGGCAGCCAUUGUUGUGCAGCAGAGGUUUAGAGCUCAGAGACAGAAAGGCUUUGAGAGGAAAAAUUACCAAAAGCUCAGAAAAGCAGUCAUCACUCUACAGGCUGCAUAUCGUGGAAUGAAACUGCGACAGAUUAUCAGACAAAGUCACCAGGCUGCCAGUUCCAUCCAGAGAGCCUACAGAGCCCACCGAGAACGCAAAAAGUAUCUCGCCUUAAAAGUUUCUGUUAUCACCAUUCAGCGGCAUUAUCGAUCCGCCUUAGCAGCUACACAGCAAAUGCAACAAUACCAAAAGAUGCGCAGGGCCGCCAUCAUUCUCCAGGCAGUGUAUAGAGGCUGGCUGGUCAGAAAGAAGGUUGUUCAGCAGCAUGAAGCUGCAAUAAUCAUCCAGUCUGAAUUCAGGAAACACAGAGAGCAAGUGAAAUUCCAGGCCAUGCGCAUGUCUGCCAUCAUCAUCCAGAGAUAUUACAGGGCCUGUGUUCUUCGCAGACGGGAGAGAGAGCACUUCCUAAAAAUAAAACAAUCUGCCAUCACCCUUCAAGCUGUGUUGAGGGGUCAUUUGGCCAGGAGAGAGAUUGGUCAACAAAAUAAAGCUGCCACCACGAUCCAGUCGUGCUGGCGAUGCUACGUUAAGAGACAUGCCUUUCAGAGGCAAAAAGAGGCGACCAUUGCAUUACAAAGGAAGGUGCGGGCAGUGUUGCUGUUCAGGGCUGAGAGGAAUAACUACAUCCGCAUAAGAGAGGCAACCAUCACGCUGCAGGCACACUGCCGUGGUUGGAUCGCAAGACAACAGGCACUCGCGGCCGCAAAGUCGGAGAGGAGGCUACGUUUCAGCGCUGCAGUGCUCCACCAUCUCUGCGCCAUGAGAAUCCAGAGAGCCCUCAGAGCACACUGGGUUCUGCAGUAUGCCAAGAAACAGCUCCACUCUGUCAUCACAAUACAGCGCUGGAUGCGAGCAAGGCAACAGAGGAGGCGUUUCUUGGAGGAGAAGAGGAAGGUGAUCACAGCUCAGAGAGCUGUCAGACGCUGGUUGGCCUGCCGCCACCAGGCUGCCACUGUCAUCCAACACGCUGCCAGGAGAUUCCUCCUCCUUAAGCGUCAGAUGCGAGUCGAACGAGGCCUCAUCAAGGCUCAGGCUUUGUGGAGGGGACAUCGUUCCCGUCUGUAUAAUGACAAUAGCAAGGUGGCCAAAAUAAGGCAUCGCCUGCAUCGUCUCUCCAACACUGUCCAAGAGGAGGACAAACUGUACCACAAGAUGUCGUCUGCCCUGGACUACCUCCUUCGAUACAGACACUUCUCCAACAUUCUGCUAGCCCUGAAAAACUUGGAGAUUGCUACCAGGCUAUCUCCAGAGUGCUGUGAGCGGCUGGUAGAAAGUGGCGCCACCUUGGUCUUAUUCACCCUCAUCCGCAGCUGCAACAGGAGUGUGCCCUGCAUGGACAUCAUUACCUUCUCCAUUCAGAUCCUCCUCAACCUCUCUAAGUAUCAUAAGACCAUCGAGGCCGUGUAUGCGGUGGAGAACUCGGUGGAGACGUUGGUGGACCUGUUGGUGAGAUACCGAGAGAAGGCUGGAGACAAGGUGGCAGACAAAGGAGGCAACAUCUUCAGCAAGUCCUGCUUCCUCCUCAUUCUUCUACUCCAGGACCAGCAUCGCACCCUGGAGAUUAGAAAGAUCCCCAAAGUCUUGGAUAGGAUCCGUAGUAUUUACAAGCUCACUGCCCACAAACACAAGAUGGAUGCAGAGAGGACCAUUAUAAAACAGAAGAUGGACACAUCGAUCAACGGGAGCUUCCUGGUUCAAGCAACGCCUCGUAAAUCUCGGCCUGUGCUAAAAAAAUUUGCGCCUGACUGGGUUCUCAGAAAGGAUAAGCUCAAAGAUAUUGUAGAUCCACUCAUAGCCAUUCAGAUGGUUGCAGAGACAUUUUCAAUUACGCUAUAAAGAAUUCUGUUGUCUUGUUUUUACAUGGA